AGUACAUCGUAACUUCCUUUUAAAAUCCUGCCACUCGCAUUCCACCACGGAUAACACAUGGGCAAUAAAUAAUCAAGUGGUCUAACGAUGCGAAUUGAAAAAUGUUACUUUUGCUCUGGACCUGUGUAUCCCGGGCACGGUACGAUGUUUGUGCGGAACGAUUGCAAGACGUUCAGGUUUUGUAAAUCAAAAUGCCUCAAAAACUUCAAGAAGAAGCGUAACCCAAGAAAGACCAGAUGGACCAAGGCUUUCAGGAAAGCGGCUGGCAAGGAAUUGACAGUGGAUAACUCCCUGGAGUUUGAGAAGCGCAGGAAUGUGGCUGUCAAAUACCAGAGGGAAUUGUGGAGCAAGACAGGUACUUGUUAUGGCCAAAGUUCAGAAGUGUAUUUAUUAGUGAAAACCGUAGCAAAACAUUUUGCAAUGAAAACUAGUGUUUCUUACUGGUUAAGUCAGGGCUGUUUUCAGUACUUCUUGCAACGGAAACUGUUUACCGUUUAAGAACCAAACGAAAGG